AAUGCGGGGUGUAGCAAAAAAGGUACCCGGCGCGCUCCGAAAGAGGUAUUUCGAGCAUUAGCUCUCCAGUCCGAGCAAGUGAGCCCAGGAGUCUACUUAUUUGGAUACAUAUUCGACUAAUACUUACUGGCUCAGAUGUUUGCGAGAGUGUCUGUAUCGCGUGAGCAAGUGAAAGUGACGUCGUGUGAAGGAGACAAGUCACGCUAAAACUCCCGCGGAAGGCCCGAGCGUCAGUUCGUGGUUGAACAACGCGCCUGCCUUCGAGCUCCACCCAGCAACCACUGCCGCGCUCGACAAAUACACACGACCGCGCAACCUCGGGAGCAGGAUCGCCUGCGUCGCCUACCAUGGCGCCCAUCGAGACGCCCGACAUACCGGACGAUGCCUCGACGGGCGACACAUUCACCGUGCUGAAGCAGUCGCUGGAGCUCGAUAUCAGCUUCUGCCCGCGCCGCGUGACGGGAAAGACAGUACUCGACAUCCAACCCAAGAAGUCGCAGCUGCGUGAGAUCGUCCUCAACUGCCGGCAGCUCAAGCCGACGCGCAUCCGGAUCGACGAACAGACGGCAGGCUACAGCUACUCGAACCUGCACCAGCGCCUCACACUGUACCCCGGCACCGGCCUCGAGCAGUAUCACUUCGCAAGGGACCGGAUAGCACGUCACGUGGAUCCUAGUUCAUCAGCGGACGAGCUGGUCGUCUUCGUGCCUGACAAGGUCAAGACACGGGAGGUGCGACCAGAAGAGGUGGGCGAGCUGGAAAGUGCACAGGGCGUCUUCUAUGCGCCGUUGAGGCUGGAGAUUCACUACGUAAUGGACGACUUCCGCGAUGCACUCCACUUCGUCGGUGUCCGGGAUGGAGACGGACGAUACCCCCACGCCUUCACACGAAACUCACCCUUCCCCGGAAUGGCCUCGUGCCUGUUUCCCUGCAUAGAUGACAGCACACGCAAAUGCCUCUUCGACGUCGCUAUUCGAUACCCGCGAACACUCGGCGAUGCGCUCAGCAAAGCAACAGCGCCAGUACUGGCAGGCGCAGAUGGACAGGCCCUGGCAAGUGGGGCAGACAAGGCGGACAGCGUCAUGACGGAUGUGGACGACGAAUUGGCCGACCUUUCUGCUGAGGAGAGGGCUAUGGAGAUGCAAGUCAUCUGUUCAGGCGCUCUGACAGACGACAUCGUGGAUCAAGCCGAUGCAUCCCGUAAAACAGCAAGCUUCACCUGCGAUACUCCUGUUCUGCCACAGCACAUUGGCUUCGUCAUCGGUCCUUUCGAACAUGUCGACCUCUCCGAAUACCGCGAUACCGCCGACGACGAACGUCUGGGAUCCAACGCCGUCAAGGUACACGCUUUUUGCUUGCCAGGAAAGGAGGAUGAGGUCCGGAACAGUGCUAUGAUGCUUGCGCGCGCUCUUGAUAGUUUCACGGAACGCUUUCAGAGUUAUGCGUUUGGCAAUGCUUACAAAUUGGCUUUCGUGGAUGAUCUGGACUGCGACACUGCUCAUACUGCAUCAUUCUCGAUCUGUAGCACCCGUCUACUCUUCCCAGAGACAGUAUGGGAGCCGCUCGAGCACACGACGAGGGUUCUGGUGCACGCUGUGGCUAGUCAGUGGAUUGGAGUUGACGUCGUUGCUUACAGUCCCUACGAUUACUGGAUAAUUGUUGGUGGUUCCUGGUUCAUGGCUGAGCUGUAUCUUCGCGAGCUCUUUGGCCGAAACGAUUGGCGCUUCCGGCAGAAACAGAUGGUGGAUAAGAUCAUUGCAAUGGACCAUGAGCGACCCAGUCUAAUUGAGCUCGGACCCCUCUUGCAGCUCCAUCCUGCUGAACAGCAAUUCAUGGAAAUCAAGGCACUACUAGUGCUCUCCGUUCUACACAACCGUCUCGUCAAACAGAGCGGAAAAAAUGGUGUCGACAGGUGUCUGUACCGCAUGUUGUUCAACGCUCGACAGGGCAAGUACGACAACGGUGCAAUCGCUACCGAUGACUUCCUCGACAUUUGUGAGAAGGUCGGUCAUCAGAAGCUUGAAACCUUCUUCAAGCAGUGGAUCGAGGGCUCUGGCUUCCCGACGUUUACCUGUGAUCAGCAGUUCAACAAGAAGAAGCAAGUGGUCGUGCUCACCAUCCAACAAGAACAAAAUGUUCUGGCUGUCGGAAGCACCCUCUCUUCUGAUGAGUUUGUGCGCAAGACUAAGGAGAGCAUGCACAACUUGGCGCCAACACAGAACUGGCCGGUGUUUCUGGGACCCAUGACCAUCCGGAUACACGAAGCCGACGGUACACCAUACGAGCAUAUUGUGGAGAUCAAUGCAUCGAAGGUCAAAGUGGAGAUCCCAUACAAUACCAAGUACAAGCGACUUAAAAGAAACCGACUCAACAAAGAGCGAAUGGCUGCCGCUGCCGGCUUAGAUGCUUCAGGCGACGCACAAGAGGAUGUUACAUUCUACAUGCUGGGUGAUGUGUUUGCAUCGCCUGAAGAGCAAGAAGAGUGGAAACUCGGCGAUUGGCCCGCUGAGGUCGAGCGUCAACAGGAGGGUGAAGCCUACGAGUGGAUUCGCAUUGACGCAGAUUUUGAGUGGAUCUGUAAGGCCAAGGUUCAAAUGCCGAGCUAUAUGUAUAUCUCGCAGCUGCAACAGGACAAGGACGUUGUUGCACAGGCUGAGUCCAUACAAUUUCUCGCCACAAAAGAAGACAAGCUUAUAUCGACAUUCCUCGUCAAGACCCUCAUGGAUGCUCGAUACUUCCACGGUAUACGGACCAUGGCUGCUGAUGUUCUGGCGCAGAGUGCCAAACAAAGUUUGGACUGGAUCGGUCUCUUCCACCUAAAGAAAGCUUUCCAGGACCUCUUUUGCUUGCCUGGCUCGCCUAUGACAAGGUCGAACGACUUCUCUGACCGAAGCUUGUACCUGAUACAAUGUGCUAUCCCCAAAGCUAUCGCCAGAAUCAAGGGCGAAAAUGGCAAAGCACCCAUGGAGGCGAAACGUUUCCUGCUCGAUCUCAUGCGAUACAACGACAAUCGCGGGAACGAUUACAGCGAUGAUCACUACAUUUCGACACUUAUGAGGUGUCUAGCCGAAUGCCUCGUCAGCGUCCCAUCCAGUGUCGUGACCGAUUUUGACUUUCGCGUACAAGCAGAAGAAUUCGACUUCACCAAAAAAGCGAUUGAGGAGCUUACGCGGCAUCAACGGCUGGACGAAUGGAUCCCAACCUUCCAGAAUAUAUACACAACUACCGGUCUUGAUUGCACACUGAAGCUGGUUGUGAACCGGGUCAUGCCUUUCAAGCCUUCAGAAUUCUCGCAGUACGCUCAGCUUGGCAACGCGGAUAACGUUCGACUGAAAGCCUGGGAAUGCCUUGUCCGACUGGGUAUGAUACGGAAGGACAGCAUGCUGAGGUUCUUGAUGCAUGACAUUCGAUCAGACCCUUCGCCCUACUUCAGGAAACAGCUACUUCUCAUUCUCGACAUCGCUGUUGGGCAGAUUGCGACUGGAGAAUUCUUUACGCCGAAUAAGACUCAAGAGGCUGCAGGUGGCCUGAUCAUCGAUCAAGAAGCUGACAACUCAGCUCGCGCAUCAAGUCUCGCACGCCAGUCGCUGGCAGGAGCACUCAAAGGAUUGAAGCAGGAUCUGGUUAACAACCAGACUCUGCGACUGGUGCUUGAGGAGGCUCUGAACUCGAGAACCCUUUCUCUCAGUGAUAUGACCCAACUCUUGGACUUCUGUGACAUGAUCUUCCGGGAUCGUAGGAAGAACGCCUUGCCUGUAAAGCUUCGCUUCCCACGCUACUGGAAAGUCAAGCAUCUUGGUCAAGCGAAGCUGCAUUUUGCGCAAACUGACAAGUACCGUACGAAGCCGUUACACCCGCUGGUGAAGGAAGCUCCGCCAGCACCUGCACCCGCACUAGCGCCAGCGCCAGCGCCGGCACCAACACCAACACCAACACCAACACCAGCACCAGCACCAGCACCAGUGGUGCUACCUCGGGAAAUGGCUGUGCAGCCACAGCCUGCACCUGUCGUACCGCUGAAGGUCGCUCCGCCGAGUGUCAUUGCGCCGCCAAAGCCCAAGCUGUCACUCAAGUUCGGCAAGUCGAACACAUCUGGAGGUGCAUCAUCUCCUUCGCUGUCAGCCUUGUCAAGGACACAGCCUACAUUCUCUCCACCCAUCAAGCACGCUUCGCCUGCUCCAAUGUCGGCGCCAGCUUCGCGGAAGGCAUCACCAGCACCACAGCCGACGGUGGCUAAACAGGAAUCGCCUGUAUUGCCACGAAAACCUUCCAGCCCGCCUGCGGUAUCACCACCAAAGAAAGUCCCAACGCCGGCUCCUGUCGCGAAGACGCCUGUCGCGAAGACGCCUGUCGCGAAGACGCCUGUCGCGAAGACGCCCGUCCCGCUUCCGACCGCUUCGCCAGCACCAGCAGCUGUUACGCCAGCGCCAGCGCCUGUGCCACCGCGUCCGAAACCUGCGCCAGUUAACAUCCCGAAAGUCAUUUCGGCGCCAUCGCCCAUACACUCCCCGAUUCCCUCGUCGGGCCCCAAGAUCAAGAUCAGGACUAAGACUGUUCCCGGUUCUUCGGCACCUAACUCCCGCCCUUCAACUCCAGCACCAUCUCGACCGAGUGUGCCGCCACCGCGACCCAGCGCUGCUCCCGCUCCUCCACCAAGACCUGCAGCUUCUACCCCUGCGCCACGAUCCACGCCUGUGCCUGCUAAACAAAGCCAGUCGAAACCUAAGAGGAGCAAGAUUGUUAAGCUCAAGUUGCCCUCGGAUGUGCUUGCACGGUUUAAGAACGGCAGCAGCAAGAAGAGGAAGUUGCCCGCUGGUGGUGAGGAUAGGCCGUUCAAGAGGCAAAGUGUUGAGCCUAACGGGUUAAUCAACGGAGCUGCUAACAGUGGCUUGGUGAAGGUCGAAAGGUCGGGUGGUGAGAAGCCGAAACUGAUCGUUCGGAUGAAGGUUGAUAGGUUCAAGUUGCCGCGUUCGUGAGGGUUUCAUCGUGGUAUUCAAAGCGUACAUUAAGGAGGAUAGCAAAGAAAGCAUGCAUUUACUGGAGUUCAUGGGAUGAGACUCAGUCUUCGAGUCUGCAAAAUG